AUGUCCGAUUCGGGUGGCUCGCGCUUGUCCACGUGCACCCUGUUGGUGCGGGACUACGACGAAGCCAUUGCCUUCUUCGUGGGCGCCAUGGGCUUGAAGUUGCUGGAGGACACCCCGCGUGGGCGGGGCAAGCGCUGGGUGGUGGUGUGCCCGGCGGCUGGCGCUGGGCUGCUGCUGGCCAAAGCGGAAGGGGAGGAGCAGCUGGCACGCGUGGGGGACCAGUGCGGAGGCCGUGUCGGCUUCUUUUUGGAGACUGACGACUUCGCGCGGGAUCACAAGGCCUUCCAGGCCAAGGGGGUGAAAUUUUUGGAGGAGCCGCGCCACGAGAGCUAUGGGUCUGUGGCGGUGUUUCAGGACAUCAGCGGCAACAAGUGGGACCUCAUCCAGAGGUAUCCAACGGACGAUGGUGUUGACGUGAAGGUUAGCUCCAAGUUCCUCACGCGCAACGACUACUGCCAGACCUUUAUUGACACCGGCCUGCGACCGCAGAACUUCAUCCGGGACUUGGAUUACCAAAACCGGUACUCGGAGUACCCGAAGAUCGAGCGGCUGAUCAAACUCAAGGACGACAUCAUCUCGAAGCGGGCGACGCCGGGGAUGUCUCUGAAGUGCGAUCUGAAGAGCUUCGACCUGACCAGUUUGGGUACCAAGUUCGACGUGAUCUUGCUGGACCCUCCCUGGGAGGAGUACCAAACACGAGUUGCUGGCAUGUAUGUGCCAGAUGAGGACCUCUCCACCUGGUCCCUCGAGGAGCUGAAGGCCCUGAAGGCGGCAACUUGA